GACGAGCUGGGCUCCUACGGGGCCGUUGGCGCCUCUCCCAAGGGGGGGAAACGUUUUGUGCCGCUCGAGCUCUGGGCAUGCGCAGAUGCCGGUGGGCGGAAGUCGCGCGUGCGCAGAGGCAGAACUCACCGGCUGUGCGGGACCGGGCUGAGCGGGAGGGUCUGUGCCGGGGCGACCUUCAUUAACCCCCCCGUGCCCGGCCCGCGCCGCUGCCGCCUCCAGGCUGCAGAACGACGUCCAUGCUUCACUCCAGCUCCUCCCAUGGGACAGGGAAGAGUAAUGGCUGCAGUGGAGCCAGCUCAGGGUCCGGUAAUCUUUGAGGAGGUGGCUGUGUAUUUCACCAGGGAAGAGUGGGCUCUGCUGCACCCUGCUCAGAGAGCUCUCUACAGAGAUGUCAUGCAGGAGAACUAUAAGAAUGUGACCUCACUGGGGUUUCCAAUUUCGAAACCUGAUGUGAUCUCCCAGCUGGAACAAGGGGAAGAGCCAUGGGUCCCAGAGGAAAGAGAGCUCCUCAGAGCUCCCUGCACAGCAGGUGAUGCAAUGCUUUGUGAGAAAGAGGAGCAGAAUUCUCAGCAGGAAAAUGCUGAGCAAGUGGAUAAACACAGAGAAUUAUCACAAAGAUGGAAAAGGAAUGUGUCCAGGAGUCAUGAGCAGGGAAAAUCCUGUGCUAUGCAUCACAGACCAGAAAGAGAGCAGGGAAACAAGCCAUUGGAGAAAAUGGGUAAAUUUAUUUCCUGUCGGGGAACUCAGCAGGGCCUCAAAGAAACCACAACCCAGCAGGAAAUCCUUAGGAGAAAGAGGAAAAAUACAUGCAGUGAGUGUGGGAAAAACUUCACUCAAAGAUCAGCCCUUUCUAAUCAUCAGAGAAUCCACACAGGGGAGAGGCCCUAUGAAUGCAGUGAGUGUGGAAAAUGCUUCACCAGGAGCUCAGACCGUUCUGUACAUCAGAGAAUCCACACAGGGGAGAGGCCCUAUGAAUGCCAUGAGUGUGGGAAAAGCUUCACUAGGAGCUCAGCCCUUUCUACUCAUCAGAGAAUCCACACAGGGGAAAGGCCCUACGAAUGCAGUGAGUGUGGGAAAACCUUCAUUAGGAGCUCAGCCCUUUCUAAUCAUCAGAGAAUCCACACAGGGGAGAGGCCCUACAAAUGCAGUGAGUGUGGGAAAAGCUUCAUUCAAAGACCAGGCCUUUCUAAACAUCAGAGAAUCCACACAGGGGAUAGGCCCUAUGAAUGCAGUGAGUGUGGGAAAAGCUUCACUCAAAGAUCAGCCCUUUUUCAGCAUCAGAGAAUCCACACAGGGGAGAGGCCCUAUGAAUGCAGUGAGUGUGGGAAAAGCUUCAGUAAAAGAUCAGCCCUUUCUAAUCAUCAGAGAAUCCACACAGGGGAGAGGCCCUACGAAUGCAUUGAGUGUGGGAAAAGCUUCUUUCAAAGAUCACACCUUUUUCACCAUCAGAGAAUCCACAGAGGGGAGAGGCCCUAUGAAUGCAGUGAGUCUGGGAAAAGCUUCACGAACAGCUCAGCCCUUUCUAAUCAUCAGAAAAUCCACACAGGGGAGAGGUCCUGUGAAUGGAGUGAGUGUGGGAAAAGCUUCACUAGCAGCUCAGCCCUUUCUAAUCAUCAGAGAAUCCACACAGGGGAGAGGCCCUACGAAUGCAGUGAAUGUGGAAAAUGCUUCACUAGGAGCUCAGACCGUUCUAAACAUCAUAGAAUCCACACAGGGGAGAGGCCCUAUGAAUGCAGUGAGUGUGGGAAAAGCUUCAUUCAAAGAUCAGACCUUUGUAAUCAUCAGAGAAUCCACACAGGUUGGAUAUUAGUUCAGUUUGAUAUGAUGGAGCUCAGAUCUAUUGGAGAAUUUCAGGAGACCUCUUCCACCAACACAAAUGCAGAAGAUCCUGAGAUAUAUGAACUGCCAGAAGUUGUUGGGACCUACGUUGGGAGAAACCACAACUUGAGCCAAGGUUCAGUUGUUGGCAAUGAGUUUUCUUUUAAUCCCAACAUACGACAAGAAUUGGUGAUCUUUGAAUAUGUUAUUGUUACCAAUGAAAAUGAAAUUAUAGGUGACGUUAUUGGUUAA